AGUUCCCACAAUCCCGUGCGAACCAGAGGAGGAGGAAGGAGGAAGAGGGAUUGGGUCAUCCCUCCAAUCAAUGUAGCCGAGAAUGUCAGGAGCCCCUUCCCCAGUCCUAUAGUACAGGUAUGUGUCUGUUACUGUACAAACACACACACUCACACACACGCACAUACACACAUACACACACAGGUACCUCCUCAACGUAUUAUUGACUGCUUCAUGUUUCCUGUGUUGUUCAGAUCAGGUCCAGUAAUGAUAACGCAGUGAAGAUGCUUUAUAAGAUCACAGGCCAGGGGGCAGACCAGCCUCCAGUUGGCCGAUUCAAGAUCGAGAGGAACACUGGUUGGCUGUCUGUCACGGAACCCUUGGACCGGGAGCAUGUUAGAUAUUACUUGUUAGAUAUUACUGCACUGUCAGAGCUAGAAGCACAAGCAUUUCGCUGCACCCGCAAUAACAUCUGCUAAACACGUGUGUGUGACCAAUAACAUUUGAUUUGAUUUGAAAUACACUGUACGGUAACACCAUGGCAAACGUUUACUGUCUGUUAUGGGAAGACAAAAGGGAGGAAUCCCAUUGAGUUUCAUCACUGUGACAAUAUUGUAUGUGACUGAUGUAGUGUACUGACUGUGUAGACAAUCAGAGUAUGAGUGAUUUACAGUCGUGGUGAAAAGUUUUGAGAAUUACACAAUUCAAUUUUCACAAAGUCUGCUGCCUCAGUUUUUAUGAUGGCAAUUUGCAUAUACUCCAGAAUGUUAUGAAGAGUGAUCAGAUAAAUUGCAAUUAAAAGUGAUAACUAAGUGGCUCGGGAACAAAACAUCUACAUUUUGGGUCCAUGGCCAGGAAACUCCCCAGACCUUAAUCCCAUUGAGAACUUGUGGUCAAUCCUCAAGAGGCGGGUGGACAAACAAAAACCCACAAAUUCUGACAAGCUCCAAGCAUUGAUUAUGCAAGAUGGGCUGCCAUCAGUCAGGAUGUGGCCCAGAAGCUAAUUGACAGCAUGCCGUGGCGGAUUGCAGAGGUCUUGAAAAAGAAGGGUAAACACUGCAAAUAUUGACUCUUUGCAUUAACUUAAUGUAAUUGUCAAUAAAAGCCUUUGACACUUAAGGAACGCUUGUAAUUAUACUUCAGUAUACCAUAGUAACAGCUGACAAAAAUAUCUAAAAACACUGAAGCAGCAAACUUUGUGAAGACCAAUACUUGUGUCAUUCUCAAAACUUUUGACCACGACUGUAGUGUUAGGACCAGCAGACUUACUUACAGUAUACCAAUUCACGUAGCAUGGACCUGUAGAUCUUUCUCUAAAGUUUGACGGAUGUAUCCGUUAGAUCUAUGCCCAUGCCAAAGCAGAGGGGAUGGGUCUGUCUGAAGAGCCUACGGAGAUCAUCAUCAACGUCAUCGACAUGAACGACAAUAAACCACACUUUAGCCACAAUCCCUUUCUAGGAUGUGUCCCCAAGGCAGCAGAGAUAGGUACAGUUGAGUUUGAAUUUCGUAUGAGCUAAAAAAGCUCCACAUUCACAAACACCAAACACAAUGACUCACCUCUGUAGGAUAUGAGUUUAUGCCACAGAUGCAGAUGAGCCUGGUCAGGACAGUUCUGAUAUCCUCUACAGCAUCCGCAGCCAGGAUCCAGCCCUACCCAGCAACCUCUUCUUUAUAAACCCUGUUACUGGAGACACACAGGUGGCUGCCCCAGGCCUGGACAGAGAGGCGUGUGUGUGACUGUGAGAGUGAGUGCGUGAGUGUGUGUGUGACUAUCUGUCCAUCUCUUUGUAUAUCCAGACCCAUCAGUAGCACAUACUGGGGAUUGAGGCAACUGAUAAUGCAGGGAACGGCCUGGUAACUACCUGCCAGGUCCUCAUCACUGUAGCAGACAACAACGACAAUGCACCACAAUUCAAACAAACAACA